CCGUUUGACUUGGAGCUGCAUGGAGCGUGUAGAAGCAUAUCAUUUGAAGUGAAGUUGGUUCGGCUAAAGGACACCGGACAUGGCGGCCGUCAAAGGGAAUACGAGGGGAUUCAUAUGGAAUUUCUGCUUUGGAUUAUUCUUCGGAUGUUGUAUAACUUACCUCACAGUGAAAUUUUCAAGACUGAACGAGUUUAGAUCUUCUUCGCAUAUGCAAAAGUUUGAUUCAGACUCAAACAACGGGGCCGGGGAAGCGCUGCGGCAGCCCGAUGGACAUGUUAUUGUUGACGACACGAACCGAGUGUUAGAAAGCGAACUGAAACAUUUUCAAGAUUCUCACCAUCAUAAUUUUGUGGGUCAGGACGCCCUUGCACAAGUCCUUUAUGACAAGGUACGUGUUUUGUGCUGGAUAAUGACUGGUCCUCAAAACAUUAAUACAAAGGCCGUUCAUAUCUUUGCCACGUGGGGGAAGCGGUGCAACAAGGUCAUAUUCAUCUCUUCUGAACCAUCGGACAAGGUCCCCAUCGUGAAGGUAGCAACUAAAGAAGGGCGGGACUUCCUCUGGCAGAAGACCCGAGGAGCCUUCCAGCACAUCUACGACAACUUCCUGGACGACUAUGACUGGUUCCUGAAAGCAGACGAUGACACAUUUGUCAUCGUGGAAAACCUACGCUACUUCCUGUCAUCGUACACCCCCGAUACGUCGAUUUACUUUGGCCACAAGUUCAAGCGCUACGUCAAGCAGGGUUACAUGAGCGGAGGGGGCGGUUACGUGACCAGCAGGACCGGUGUUAAGAACCUGGUGGAGAUUGCCUUUAAGGAUCCUUCCAAAUGUUGGGGAAUGGACAAGAAGGGAGGUGCAGAAGAUGUGGAGAUUGGCAAGUGCUUUGAAAAUUCUGGUGUUGUUGCUGGGGAUUCAAGAGAUUCCUUGGAACGAAAUCGUUUUCAUCCGUUCCAACCUGAAGCCCAUCUUGAUCCUAAAGGCCUCCCGGAUGCUUUUUGGUACUGGGAUUAUAUCUAUUAUCCACGUAAUGAGGGUUUUGAAGGAUGCUGUUCAGAUUACUCUAUAACCUUCCACUACAUUCCACCUGCCGCUCUGUACAACCUGGAAUACCUUGUUUAUCAUCUGCGUCCCUUUGGUGUCGGAACGUACCCAUGUCCAGCCGAUGUACCCAAGGAGAUUCUCCAAGAGGCACGUUCCAGGCAGCAGUCACAAGAACAGCCUCAUGAUGAUCAGGAAAAUAAACAAGUGGAGCAAGGGAAAGAACAGUUAAGCCAAGAGAAACAACGGGAAGAGGCUCAGGAGAAACAAGAGAGCCAACCAAAACAAGAAAAGGAAGCAAACGUUGAUAAUGAAAGGACGGACCUUGAAAAAGCAAAGGAAACGGAACAAAAACCUGUAGAAAUAGAAAAAGAAAUUGUAGAUGUGUUAAAAAAUGAAACAAAGAAAAGUGAAAUAGAAGAUAAAAAGGACUCUGUUAGGUGAUCUUGUAUUUGUAAGUGAGAUUAUUAAUAAAUUAUUGAUUUGAAUUAGAUCUUUAAAAUAUUUAUUGUAUUGCAAAAGCACUGUUUUCUUGCAAAACACAAGAAAUCUACUUGCAUUUCAGAUCAAAAAGCAAUAUACCGGAUCUUUUCCCCAAUUUCCUAUACUGUACACGGCGAACUUUCACUUCCGGGGUAACAGUUGGCCGCGCAUUUGGCCCUGCGUGCGUUUACAGUGAAAAAGCCUGGGCCUGGCCGCAGCCGAGACUACCUUCAGAGCAGGGCCAAAUGCGCGGCCACUUUUGGCCUCGCAGUUGGCCUUUUGCGCGUUUACAGUGCUAGGCCGGCC